CAUUGAUGCUCGCUUUAUCGUUCUCGUAACGCGAUCAUGCUUCUUCAUGCAUCGAUCAACAGUAGUAGAGUUUUUGGAUGAUCAAGGUAUAGUGAACUACGCAAUAGUACCGAUGCCAUCAGCGAGCACAGAACCAGCGUACAACCUCAGUGUCUACACACAAAACCGAUACUCCAAAGAGCAAAUCUUCGUCAAUCUGGGCGAUCUGGACAAAGUGCACCGACUGUACCCAAACAAGCUUACCAACCUACACGGCUUUCUCAUUCGUAUCGGUGUAGAUCGCCACACCUAUCCGUACAUGAUGAUAUGGAAAAAGCCUGACAUGUUUUUGGGCAUUCUGCAUAUAAUGUUUCGGGAAGUUGGAGUUAAGAUACUUAAUUUAAACUACUCCUUCUUUGAUCAGCAUACGGAGAUUGUCGAUGCCGAUGCCUACUUUCAAAUGUCAGUUGAGCGGAAACAUUUUCAACAUGAGUUCUACUUCCGCGAAAUGGGUGGAAUGUGCGUGACAUGUCCGGUGAGACUCAAUCGUUACUUCUUUCCCCAUCUGCUUAAACCAUUCUCCAUCAAUGCUUGCAUCUUUCUCGGUGUUGUGUUUGUGGUUUGUUUUGUACUUCGAUUAUUUUUCCCGUUUAUUUUCCAACACGAUCUAAUGCUACAAAUAUUCUUCGGGGCUGGUGGCACAGCAUACCAUGGUCAGCCAUUUGCAGCUCGCCUCAUAUUAGGUUCCCUUUCCAUGCUAGCGUUAUUCUUCUCCAGACGCUAUUUAAGCAGAAUCAUCGCCCUCAUGUCGCUAGGGCGGUUCUACAAGCGCCCAAAUACGAUGGCCGAGUUUAAGCAGUCCGGCUACGAGUUUCUGGUGCACCCAAAACAGCUGAAAGCUCAUCAAACAUAUUACACUUUGGAUGACUUUCGUUUCAUGAUGCUGAGCGAUGCGCAAGUAGAACGGAACCGAAGAGUCUAUGGUAUGUACAUGCACCUGUACUACUGCUCGAUGCAAGAAUGCAGCGAUGCAUUGCUGCUAGCAUCGCCGUUGUACCAAGGCUUAGCACAUCCGUUCUACGUACUCAAGGACAAAAUCAUACCCUUGCCCUACCGAUUACAGUUUGCGAAAAACUCCCCUCUUCUGGACACAUUCCGUCGUUAUUUUGGGUUAUUUUACGAGACGGGGCUGUGGGAUUUCGACAUCAACCGGCAUGAUGGUACACUCUUGCUCCAACCAGAAGCAAGCCACUCUAUUUCAGGUGUGGUGUUUCGUUGGGAUGAUUUGAUGAGCGUAUGGGUACUGUUAGUGGUUGGUUGGUUGGUCGGUAUUCUGAUAUUUGUGCUAGAGCUGCUAACUAAGAAAAAGAUGUAAUAACUUCACAAAACAAAUACAGGUAAACGUAAAUUUUUCAUGCUUAAAUUGGCAUCUGAUUCUGAAUCUAUCAUUCAUUAAAAUUCAAUUCAAUACGGAAUAAAUCAAAGUCGCGGUUCUAUCAACUUUCAUAAAAUAUGUACUGAUUUUAGUAAUUGAAUGGCUUUCAGCAAUUGUUUAU